AUACUUAUUGUCAUUGUUCGAUGCAAAUUUCUGUGAAUCAUCGUGUAGCUUUCUCCAUCUUAAUUAGACCUUUUUGAUUUUGCUUAUUUGUAGUUUCUUUUUUUACUUUUUGUGAACAAUGUUCCUUGGAAAAGUGUUCAUUUGUAUUAAUUUUUGAGAUCCUUUAUUCCACAUUGUUUUCAAACACAUCUCUUCAGGUUUGAUCAGCCUACGAAAAUAAGAAUUAUAGCCUUCAUUUUGGGUUCCACGCUGAAACUCUCUAACUAUGGAAAGCUAAUGAUUUUAUCCUUGUUCAAAGGAAUUGGGAAUGCCCUUAUGCAUGUUCCAGAAGUUGGCUCUUUGUUGUUCACUUUUCUUAUGCAAUACUAUGAAAAACUCAGUCUGUCGUGUCCAAAAUUGUCAGACAAUGAAAUUCAGAUAACGUGCCUUUUGCUGGAGAGCUGUGUUAUGUCAUCUCCCUCUGGUGGAAAUGAUCUACAAGAUCUUUUAGUGAAAGCAUUGCGGUUUGGGGGCCUGAAUUCGGAUGACCCUGCCUGUGUAAAGCCUUGUAUCGCUGUUUUGAACAAACUCAACAGUAAAUUCUAUGUGGACUUGAAGAAUGAAGUGAAGGAGCAUUUGUUUUGUGAGCUUGUGUUUCUGUGGCGUAAUGGUAAUGGUGAUGUACAACGUGCAACUAAAGAGGCAUUAAUGCGUAUAGAUAUUAGUUUCUCAACUGUUGGCUACAUGCUUGAUCUCAUACUUGCACUGAAGAGUUUUAUAGUUAGUUCUUCAAAUGAAAAGGCGGUGAAGAAACAAAAAUUGGUUGGACACCAAGAUGCUGAAGAUCCUUCUAAUAACAUAUGGAGAAGAGAUAAUCCAGUCUAUAUCCUUAGUUCCCUUCUUGAUGUUUUGCUAUUGAAGAAGGACAUAACAAAUAGGCAUUUACUGUUAGGAUCCUUAUUUAAGCUUCUUAGCAAGGUAUUUUCAGAGGAAUGCGUGAACGAGUCCUUUAUACCUGUGCAAAGGUUAAGCCAAAAAUCAAGUUCUUCUGAAGCCAACAAUAGCACAAUAUAUCAUAUUCAACAGACUCUAUUGAUAAUCCUGGAGGAUAUAAUUAUUUCUCUUAAAAGCAUUGCCUCACUGAAUGAAAAUAUUAAAAGUGAAAUUAACAUUAAGCUACUGAUAGGGUGUGCCCAGAACUCUGAAGUUAUCACCCGCAACCAUAUAUUUUCUGUUCUUUCUGCUAUUACUAGAGUUUAUCCAGAAGAAGUUUUUGAGUAUAUGCUCGAUAUUCUUGUAGUUAUUGGAGAUGCAGCCGUCACACAGAUUGAUGACCAUUCAAGGAUUGUUUUUGAGGAUCUUAUAUCUGCAAUUGUUCCUUAUUGGCUUUCUAAGACAGAUGAUGUGGAGAAACUACUGAAGAUUUUCAUGGAAAUAUUUCCUGAAAUUGUUGAACACAGAAGGCUGUCAUUUGUGCUAUAUUUAUUAAGAACUUUGGGUGAGGAGAAAAGCUUAUCGUCAUUGCUUAUCCUACUUUUCCGUUCGCUAAUUUCAAAGAAAACCAGUUGUUUUCUUAAUGCUGAGACAGCAGAUGAUUUAACAUUUUAUACUAAGGAGUGGGAAUAUAGAUUUGCAGUGCAAAUUUGUGAACAGUUUACGAGUAAGAUUUGGCUUCCUUCUCUAGUCAUGCUGAUUGAACAGAGGGUGAAUAGAGAUGUUGACCAGACACAGCUCCUGGAGUUGUUUAUUGUGAUGCAAUUUUCUUUGCAAAAGUUGCAAGAUCCAGAAUUUGUGUUUAAGUUGGAAUCAAGAGAAGAUGCCGCUGUCAUUCAGAGGGCAUUGGGCGAGCUUAUGGAGCAGGUUGUUUUACUUUUGCAACUUGUAGAUGCAAGAAAAAAGCAACUGAACAUCCCUGUAAUUGUGAGGAACGAGUUGAAGGAAACUAUGCGUGCUGUUAUAAGGAUUCUAGCAGGAGUCAUGAUACCUUAUGUGUACAUUAACAGCAUAACUAAAUUGCUCCACAAUGCAGAUAAAAAUGUCGGGAAGAAGGCUCUUGGGCUGUUAUGUGAAGCUGCAAGAAGUCAUAAAAUGUGAGCUUAAGGCUUAAAGACAAUAAGGGUUUCUAGGUCAACUUCCAACUUCUCUUUGCUUCAUAUGACGAAACUUCCCCAGAAUCACUUAAAAAAUUAUGUGUUGAAAUUAUUCGAGUACUUGAUGACUCAUCAGAUACCUCCUUUGAAAGUGGCGCAGUUUCUUCUGCUUUAGAAGUUGUAGCUGAAAAUUCCCUUCCAAUAAUUCCAUUUUUUAGUCUUGCCUUCAAUCUGUACAAGAUAUAUUGCAUCUCAUAACUUAGCUGUGACUUCUAGCUGCCUCAGAGCAACGGCUGCCCUGAUAAAUGUUCUAGGUCCAAAGGCACCUGGCAGAACUUCCCAAGAUUAUGGACAUGUGAUGAGUCAUCUUUAUCAAGUAUUGUCUAAUUUGGAUAUGAAACCCAAAAGUAGUGAUGUUGUAUCAGCCACAAUGGAAUCCUAUUUUUAUCUUCUCAUCACUUUGGAGGCAGUUGUGGACAAGCUUGGUGGAUUUUUAAAUCCGUACCUUGGUAAAUAUCAUGGAGAUUCUGUUGCUUUAUCCUGAACAUAUUUCAGGAAUGCAUGCAAAGGUGGAAUCUAGAGCUCAUGGAGUAAGAAAGCUUCUUGCUGAAAGAAUUCCUGUUCGACUUGCAAAUUGCCACCUUGUUAAAAUUAUACCCCGGCUUUCCAUUAAGGCUGGGAUAAAAGCUUAACUAUUGUCCCUUUGAUAUGGUUGGGAAUCAUAAUAGGUACAAUGGACGAUCGUCCAUUGUGGCAUUCAUGGGAA